AUGCAUUAUCUACCAGCCUGCUACAAGAACGACAUCGUCUUCCGACUACCACAGGCGCCCGCACCUUCAGAAGACAAUCGAUGGGUAACGAUGCAUCCGAGGGCGACGAUAGCUUCAGGAGAGGACGAGGAAGACAGCCUGCAAAUGACAUCAUAUGGCUCUCAUUUCUUCAGACGAACAGAUUUCAAAGACUCCGACAUACUGCCCCAGCUAGGUUUCGCUUUCUGGGAACAUGCGAGGAUGCAUUCUUUGGAUCUGGUGACCAGGGCCUUUUCCUUUAAAGUUAUUUAA